AUGAGUAAAUUUUUUUCUCUUAAACCAAAUAAAGUAAAAGAACUAGUAGAAGCAGCUAAACCAGUAGUAACAAUUUUUUCAGCAAUUAUCAGUCUGGAAAAAAAAAUUGAAGAAAAAGAAAGGAAUAUAAAAAAUAAGAAAAUAGUCGCCGAGGAUAUUAAAAAGCUAAAAACUGAACUGAAAAAGAAAAAGAAAGAAUUAGAAAAAAUGGGUAAAAAAAAGGUCAUUGAGAAUAGCAAAGCCAUCCGCUUUCUCAUGGAUUACAAUAAAAAUUUUGUUAAAUAUCUUGCCAAGGGUUAUUCUUCUUUUAAUAAAAAAAUUGAUCCUGAGGAACUAGUCUCCGAGGGCAUUUCUUCUUUACCAAAAGCAAUUGAAAAGUUCAACCCAGACUGCGGCAGCACUCUUCCUACCUAUUCCGGCAGUGAAAACAAAGAAAAAAAAAAUGUAGUUUAUUAUGACAAUAGUUAUCAAAAUGAUGACAAGGAAAAUAAAUCUUAUUCAUUACUAGAAACUUUGCAUGAUGAGGAAAAUGUCGAACUGACUGCUGAACAAAUUCGCCACCGAGAUGCUGUAAUUCAGACUAACCAUCUAAUCAAUACCUUGGAAGACCGAGAAGCGAUUUUGCUAAUCCGUCUCCUUUCCGGAGUAAAACCCUCCAAUUUACUAGACAUUUAUUAUUUAGCCACCGAAGAAGAAAAAGGAGAAUUAAAAAAAAAAAUGAAAUUGGGUAACAAAUUUAAUCCAGAAUUGUUGCAAAAAAACUCACUGGAAGAGAAAAAAUUUCAAAAUUUACCUCUGGUGAAAAAAUAUUUAUCCUUGUUUGCCAAAAGUUAUAAUUUUUCGGAAGCUAGCAAAACGCUUGGUAAGUCAGAAAAUAUGGCACGCCGAUUAAAGCAAGAAAGUUUCAAAAAAUUACAAAAACUAGCUAAGGAAAGAAAUCUCAAUUUAUUGAUUUAA